GGUUGGAGUCCUGUCGCCAGGGUGACGGCGGGACGGAAAGAUCGGGACGAAAGAAGAAAUUUUGAGGAAAACGCUGAUGACAUUGUGCUGAAGUAACAUGGCGGAUGAAAACAAGGAGGGCGGAGGAGACAAGUCGCGUGCAUCGAGCGCCAAGUCCACCAAGUCCAAGUCAGGUUCUAAACCAGGAACACCCAAAACACCUAGAAGUAGGGCUGGAAGUGGCAAGGCCAAGAAAGAAGAUGAUGUGAAAACAGAAGAAGAAAAACCUGCAACUGCAGAUGCACCUCAGCCUACUGACAAACCAGUCCCACUCCCAGCUGUUCCUGAUGACAUCACAGACAUCCUUGCCAUCUUCCUGGCCACCAAGACUCAGGAACUGUUCGAGUGCCGCGCAGACGAGGAUGUGACGUCAGACAACCCUUACAAACUCCUCAAGAAAGAGGACAUCAUUCAAGACAUGAAAACCAGGGCUGCUGUCUCCGACUUCAGUCCAGCAAAACAACUUGUCAUGGACUAUCCAGGAGAGGAACUGCUGAUAGUCUAUGACUAUGACUUCAAGCACGGCCAGAACUUCUACCUGAUAACUACAGAGGAGAGCAAGGACAGGAUCUUGAAUCCACCCAGGCCAGGAGGUGAGGGAGGAGUUGAGGGAGGUGAGGGUGGUGAGGAGGAACAGGUGGUUGAGUACAAACCCCCCGUGCCCAAGGACUGGGUCUCAUACGGCAGUGAGAAGGAAAUCGCAGAGGAGGCUUUCGGAGAAACUCGCCCCAAGAAAGCGUUCAAGAUUGCCAGACCGCGGCGUGAGUUUGGCGCUCCGGUCAACUUCACGGACAGAGACGUGAAGGACGUGAAAGACGGCUACAUGGAGUGUACGCCGUACGACGAUAAGAACUUCUCGCUGCAUCUGUUGGAGCUGGACAAGGCUACCCAGGCCAUUGCUACAUGGACAGACUGUUCCAGUCAGACUGACUGGAAGUACCCACGCAACGCUGUAACACAGUAUCAGCCCAGGGAGUUCACUGAGGAAGAGAAGGAGAAACUCUCCAACUCUACAGAAGUCAAGGUCUUCAUUGAAGGAUCAAUUCCAAGAUUUGAGCUGGCCCUGCAGCAGAAUGAGAUAGUGGACGUGUUCUUUGAUGACUGGGCAGCCCUGGCCAGCGAUGACGCCACGUUUGGAAGCAAGUCAGACGGUCAUCUGAAGGAGUACCAGUCCUUCACUGACCUACAGUUCAGUAAGGAUAAAACCAUCACCUGUAUAGAUUGGCACCCCAAUCUGAAAGGUGUGAUAGCGGUGGCUUGUUCUGAGAGGCUGACCUUUGACCAGAGGGUUGACAAUGCCUCUAAGACGCUGAUGACGCCAUCGCUGAUUCUCAUCUGGAGCUUUACUGAUCCCAUCCACCCACAGCUCUUGUUGGAGGCACCAGACGACAUUUUCUCCUUCCAGUUCAACCCUUCUGACCCCAACAUCAUCGCAGGCGGCUGUAUCAAUGGUCAGGUUGUCCUGUGGGACAUUUCUCAGUACUUUGACCGUCUGAAGAACCCACGAUCGGGCGGGAAACUCAAGCAGAACUCUAUGAAUGCCUUGCCUGGAUUUGAGGAUGAGAAUGCGCUGGCCAUCCCCAUCAUCCGUUACUGUGCCGUGUCGUCCAUAGAGAACAGCCAUCACCUGUCCAUCACAGACAUACAGUGGAUCCCUGACCAUCUGGAGAUCAACAGAUAUGGCCUCCCAGUGUACAACAAGCAUGGGGACUGCAGCCAGAUCCUGACAUGUGCAGGGGACAGCUGUGUCAUGGUGUGGGACACCAGGGCUCCCAAGGUCACCUUGAACCCGCUAGAGGCCAAGAAACAGGAGACUGCCCACCCCUUGGGCAUCCCUGCGACCUUCAAACACCUGGAUCUGUCCUGGAAACCUGUUCUCAAGGUGUCCCUGCCCAAACCUGACACCAACGGAGAAUUUGCCCCCCUGAAGGUCAGCAUCAAGGAGAGGCAAGGUGACAAGGCACAUGUUCAGAAACAGAUAGAACAGCUUGAGAGGGAGGCGUUAGGAGGGGGCAUGAGGAGAGAGAGCACCAUGGGUGGGUUUGGGAGAUCCCGAUCGGCUAAAGACCAGAAACCUCUGGAAGGGGUGACCACCAAGUUUUAUAUCUCAACUGAGGAUGGAGAGGUGGCGUAUGCAGACAUGAAAAUCGAGAAGGAUCAAGACUCUGGGAAAAUGACAAAUCCCAAGCCUUCCUGGUACAGUGCCCUCCAUGGCGGCCCUGUCCACACCCUUCAGAGGUCCUUCUUCUUCAAGAACAUCAUUCUCUGUGUCGGCGGCUGGACAUUCUCCAUCUUAAAGGAGGAGAAUCAGCUGGGCCCGCUCCUCUCGUCCUGCUGCUCUCAGAAGAAGUACACGGCGGCCCACUGGUCUCCCACGCGGCCCGGCGUGUUCUUCAUCGCCACGGAGGAGGGAAACGUGGAGGUGUGGGACCUCCUGGACAAGACCCACGAACCCACGCUGACUCAGAACAUCACUGCCUGCAGCAUCACACGCAUCUUCCCCUGGCAGAUCUCAAGUAAGCAGCAGUUAUUGGCAGUGUCAGAUGACAUGGGAACGUUACACAUCCUGGAGGUACCAUGGAACCUGCGACAUCCAUCCUCCAAUGAGGCCACGAGUAUCCAGAACUACUUUGAGCGAGAAGAGAAGCGGCUAGAGUACUACGUGGGCAGGCUGGCAUUCAGAGAACAGGAGAAGAGAGAGAUUGACGCAGAGGAACAGAGAAUCAAGAAUGCCCCACCCCCUGCGGAGGAGAAUGAAGAACAGGUGCAGGAGAAGAUGAGGAGGGAGUACGAG